AUUCAACGCCUGGAGGGGUUGCCUUUGGCGUCUUUGGGCCCCCGAGGACACUGCUGAGGCACCCCUCGGACCCCAUCGUGCCCCUCUAAUUAAGGUAAGCCACCCUUAGGCCCCUCAGUCCCACUUAUUGCAUGGCGCCGCACCCGAAACAGACCCCAAUCAAUGCAAAGGCCAGGCGCCUCGGGCCAACCCACAUGGACCAUGGGCGCGAACUCCCGCCCAUCAUCCACUGUGUACAAUUGACAUCAUCUGGAAGAUCCAAUGUUGACACGGACCUUGUCAAUUGCUCCAUCCAGCUUUUUUUCCAAUCAGUCGAUUGUUCGAUUUGAUGAUUUUGGUCAUUCGUUGCUGACUCUCGUGCCAUUCAAUCUUGGGCAUCAUCUUCUCGUGUCUGGAGAACCCCUGGGGCCUGACCUGUUGCACUUAAACACAACACGCGCCAAGUGGUUCUGCCCAAACGGAGGCGACCAGAAGCAACAAGCGCAACCUCAACUGCAACACCAACACCAACACAAACAGCACAUCCAUCGCAGUCACCAUCAUCCACUAUUUCUACCCUCAUCCCUCAGCGCGCAACAUGAUCGCGCUCGUAUCUCACUGACCUGUCAACUCUCACCCGCACGUCUCCUUUCACACCUCCUUGUCCAGGGGACCCGGGACAUCCCUUCUCGCUGCAGCCUCUGAACUUAACACGCGCAGAGUCCAAACCCAUACACUCUUCAUUUCCCCUUCAACUCAUUUCACACCUUUACCAUGGCCACCGAAGUGAUUGUUCGAGAGUCCAGAAGGAAAUACCGAUGGCCUGAAGUUCAACUGAACCUAUGGAUAUUUAUUGUCCUCGCUGGCGCCGCCACGGUAUUAGGAAUCAAUGCUUGGUUCAUCUCGGUGCAGAAUCAACUUCGAAUUGGAGUUCCUUGGAUCUUCACCUUUGCUGUUGUGACUGGCGGCCUCACCAUCCUCUUCCUCAUCAUCCUCCUCAUACUCGCCUCCCAACGAAUGCUGAUACCGGGCGGCAUCUUACUCGGCUCCUUCAUCCUUUUCGUCUUAUGGGUCACCACACUCAUCGAAACCGCCAUCCAACUCUACGGAAGUGGAAACGUGAACAGCAACUGUAACAACUAUGUCACGGGCCAAGAGUAUCGUGGUGUGUCGAUAGAGACCCUAGCGUGGUUGACCCAAAACAAUAUUUGCUCAUGUUGGAAGGCCUCGUUCGCUUGGUCCAUCAUUCAGGCCGUGCUGUUUCUGUGGAUGAUGGUCUUGUCGUGGCAAGUGCAGAAUUAUGAUUGAAGAUGACCGGGGUGAUGACGACCACGAUGCCAUAUCUGGACAUAUGUUUCCAUCCAAGUCAUCUUUUUGCAUUGAAGCUUGGGUCAAUUUGGAUCGACUUUACGACGUACACGCAUUUGGCAAGGAGUCAAGUCAUGUUGGAAGGAUGAGCUAACGGAACGCUUGUUGUUUUAUUUUGUUUUUGGAUUAUAUUUGUUUGACGCAUGAAGCGGUUAUCGUUAGCUUUCAACAGUAGCAUGCUCGACGAUACGAGAGCAUUUGAUAAAAUAGCCGGGAUGAAUGCAUUGCAUGUAGGAGUUCA